UGCGUGGCCCAAUCUCGCAAGAAUACAACCCCAACAAGAUCCAUAACAGCCCCUAAUCACGCACUCAUAAUCAUUAAUCCCUGUAAUCAUUCCUCGUUGCUAACCAAAAGAACAUUCAAAAUCUUGUAAUCAACACAACACUUUCUCGAUUCGGCUGGUGGGAAAAGCUGCUCCAAAGCCAAAGGCCCCACUUCGCCCUCAGAUUGGCAUAUUUUCUCAGCAAAAGAAGCCCAACGAUCAAAUCAAGCUUUGACUUUUGAGCUCCGUUGUCCUUAAAAUGGGAGAGCUACUUCCUUUUAGUGAGCUCUUCCACAGCCCAAGCCUUCUUGGAUCAAAAUCCAUGGCCGCCCAUUUGAUUGCUUUUUGAGGAGAAGCUUCUCCGAUCUGCGUUUUUCCACUAUUCGACGUGGUUUUGGAAUGUGGGUUCUCUUUAGUUUCUCGUUUUCUGUAAGGGAGAUCGGAGAUCUGAGCUGAAGGGGGAAUGGACGGUGUGGAUCGAGGGAGAGGGCUGUGGAGGGAGCUGAAGCAACGGCUGGGAUUGAAGGGGGUAAUCGGCUUCUGUGGGUCCUCGUCGUGGAGGAGCACCGGCAGUAGUCUCCGAGCGAGGUUUCUAGAAGAGCCUCUGGCAGGUCAGAUUCCGGCUCCGGAGCGAGAAUCCGAAGGGCCUCCUGUGGGGAGAGCCUCUUCCGGGAUGAACCUCGCGGCGGCGCUGGCGGCCGAGCGCAACCUCGCCGCGGAGGCGGCGGGUCUGAUGCCACUGAGGGCGUUGAUGCGGCUGGCGGAGGAAACGGACGGCCAGGAUCGGAAGAGGCGGAAGAUGGACGGUGGAGAUGGAGGGACCGUUGAUGCGGUGUGCUGCGUGUGCAUGGAGAGGAAUAAAGGUGCGGCUUUUAUCCCCUGCGGGCACACCUACUGCAGGGUAUGUUCUCGGGAGCUGUGGUUGAAUCGUGGGUCUUGUCCACUUUGCAACCAUGCGAUCUCCCAAAUCCUUGAUAUCUUUUAGAGAUCAGUUUUGUGAUUACGGGCUUUUCUUUUUAUUUUUUAAUUUGCAAUUAGAUUUGGCGAAAAAAUAUUAUUGAUAUGUUGGAUUUUGUGAAGAAUUUUGUAUAAUUUUGGUAUGAUGAAAUUUUUGGAUAUAUGGGGUAGUUGGGUCUGGCCCAUGAAUCUACCAUAAUUGGGUUGGUUUGGGCCCGGCCCAAAGAGUUCUAGUUGGUGGUGAAUUUGGCACCCAUAUUAUCUAGCAAUGUUGCCAACGGGUAGAGGGCCUAGGGGUGAGCAUAAGUUUUGAAAACAAUGCAUGUUUUAAUUGGUGUUAUAUAUUUAUUUAAAUAAUAUAAAAAAUAAAAUUUAUUAGG